AAAUGAGCACAGUGUUCUAGUAAGGAAAGUCAACUUUACUCCUGUUUUUCCUGAAGAAGCGUGCCGGAAUGAUCAUUGAAGCCAGAACUUUGAUACUCAUUGCAUCGUCGCUUUGUUUUGUCAUUGGAAUACCAAGGGGUUGCCUCAUAGCACCACGUACUGGCCGAUGUGGCCUAAUUGCACCGCGUUGGUACUACAACGCCACCAGCAAGCGCUGCCGACCAGUUAUGUGGGGAGGAUGUGGAUACGGAGGAAACGUAUUUCGAACAUCCACGGAAUGCGAGGGAAAAUGUGGUGGUUCUUAUCAAGCGAACGCCGACCGUUGCCUUAUUGUCCCACGAAAUCAUAACUGCAGCCAUGACAAACCUUCGGUUUUAAUGUGGAGCUUUCACAUGAGAUCUAUGACCUGCAUUGCUUCAUAUUUCAAUGGCUGUGACGGAAAUAAAAAUCUCUUCAGGACCUGUAAGAUAUGCUACAAGGAGUGCUUGCUUCACACAACGAGGGUGCAAGUCUGCACCGAUAAUCCACCAAGAAGAGAGCCUAGCCCACAACGUUAUAAACCUGGAACAGUUAUAGAGAAAAGACCAAAGCUCUAAAGGAGAAUAAAUUACCCCGACAGAAAUUUGGGGAAA